AUGCUCAACCAACUGCUGCUCCGACGUUUAACGCAUCCAGCUCGUUUGUUCUCCACUUAUGCACGUCGAUCAGCGGCAGGGGAUGCCUACAAACCUGAGGAAAUUAAGCGAGAGGGAGAUGAUGUCGAUGUAUGCAUUGUCGGCGGUGGACCGGCAGGACUUAGUGCCGCUAUUCGAUUAAAGCAACUUGGGCGAGAGAGGGGGGAUGAUCUACGUGUUGUCUUGCUCGAGAAAGGACCAGAGAUCGCCUACGCACUGAAUGAACUUUUGCCCGACUGGAAAUCGAGAGAUGGACAUCCCCUCACGCAACCAGCCACCACAUCAUCGAUGCGUUUCCUUACUCGAAACUAUUCAUUUCCCAUGCCUCAUCCUCCGCAGAUGUCCAAUAAAGGGAAUUAUAUUGUUUCACUUUCGCGGUUCACAUCCUGGUUGGGUAGUAUUGCUGAGGAGGACGGCGUCGAGGUCUAUCCUGGUUUCUCAGGUGCUCGUCUCAUAUUUUCGCCUGAUGGCCAGGCGGUCGAAGGCGUGACCACGCAUGACGUUGGUGUGGAUAAGAACUUUCGAUUGAAAGAGUCAUUUGAGCCCGGGAUGGACUUUCGAGCCAAGGUCACGCUUCUUGCGGAGGGUGCUCAUGGGAGUCUAACGAAGAUUGCUUCAAAAAAAUUUGGGCUUCGUGAACACUCUGAUCCUCAAACGUAUGGAAUAGGGAUCAAGGAAGUCUGGCGGGUCGAUCCCCCUAAGCACAGGCCCGGCGAAGUCAUCCACACCAUGGGAUACCCCAUCACGUCACAAACCUAUGGCGGCGGUUGGAUUUACCACAUGGAUGAUGGUAUGGUUAGUCUCGGACUUGUGAUUGGGCUAGAUUAUGCCAAUCCAUACCUUUCCCCCUACGGCGAGUUCCAGAAAAUGAAGCUUCACCCAUACGUUCGAGCCAUCCUUGAGGGCGGAGAGCGUCUGGCAUAUGGGGCAAGAACACUGAACGAAGGGGGGCUCCAAUCCAUUCCAAGAUUACACUUUCCUGGCGGGGCAUUGAUAGGCUGUUCAGCCGGGUUUGUGAACGUUGCCAAAAUCAAAGGGACGCACACUGCCAUGAAAAGUGGGAUGCUUGCAGCCGAAGCUGCAUUUGGAGCCCUUAGUUCUAAAGACUCCACAGAUGACAUCGGCAAGCCUGUUGAUAUGAGUCCAUACGAGGAAGCGCUCAAGAAGAGCUGGGUUUGGAAAGAACUGCAUGAAAUCCGCAAUGUCCGGCCGAGCUUUAACACUAGAUUUGGUAUUUGGGGAGGGAUGGCAUAUUCCGGUGUUGAUACCCUAAUUCUCAAAGGCCGAACGCCAUGGACAUUUCGGAACAGAACCAGUGAUGCAUCCCACACCCGACAUUCUAGCGAGUUCAAGCCCAUUCAAUACCCACUGCCGCAACCGCCGUUGACAACUGAUAUCCUCACAUCUGUUGCCCUCACUAACACAAAUCAUGCAGAGAACCAGCCCUCCCACCUGCGGCUGCCUGGCGGACCAGAAGCGCGUCGGAGGCAUAUCGAGGUGAAUGUUAAUGAAUAUGCCAGCUUACUCGGACGCGCAUGUCCGGCACAAGUAUACGAGUAUGUCGACGCUGAAGAACAAACGUCAGGCGAUAUGGGAAAGGUUGAGGAUGUAAUUGCCAGCAACAAAAAGUUCGUGAUUAACUCCCAGAACUGCAUUCAUUGCAAAUUAUGCGACAUCAAGGUUCCUACAGAAGAUAUAACCUGGACCGUGCCAGAAGGUGGUGGUGGUCCUAAGUAUAUGGUCGAGGAAUUCACGGGUGGAACGUAUGAUGCGAACAGCAGCGAAAGUAGGAUCAAGGGUUUCGGGUUGUUGGGGAAGGUGGGGAUUAAUGAUGUGGGUGAUCGGAAGGCUUACUUCCCCAAAAGUGGGUGA